AAAGCCAAUUAUUGUUUGAUACCAAAUCUACAGGUUGAGCAGAGCCCGGUGAGAAAAACCGCCUGCUCUGCGUGGUGGCUGUUGGGCCAGCCCAAGACGGCCCACUCAUGUGCAAGGCUGGGCUGUGGGCAGGACCCUGGCAUACGGCCUCUAUGUGUGACCAUGUGGUCUUCCUCACAGCAGAGUAGCUGGGAACAUGAGCAGCCCAAGAGAUAGGACAUAGAAGUUGUCAGUUUCUUAAGAUCCAUGCCCAGAAACUGACUGCCACAGGGCAUCUCUUCCACUUUGUUCUCUCGGUUAAGCUGUGGGGACAGAGGGAAGAGGGGGACAGAAACUCUAGCUCUCAGUGGGAAUUGUGCUGGAGUUUAGGACCCGUUAUGCAUUGCUCCUAUGAGGGGUUUAAAAAUAUCUGUUGAAUGAAUGAGUAAAUGAAGGGUGUGCAUGAAGACGCAGUGCAAGAAAUAUUGGGGGCAUGAGGGGAACAGGUGCUGGAGAAAUUCGUCUGGAGUUCGGUGGCAGGGACAGCCUUGGGGAGGCCGGUAGGAUCCACACUGGGGAGGGCAGUGGACUCCAGGCCGGGGUCUGUACUUGAGCCUAGGAUAGGCUGUCCAAUGGGAGAACCAGAUAACGUGCCCACUAGGGUGACAGUUUAGGUAUGGGAGUGGAAGUGAGGCCUAGACCCGACCGCAGUGCUGGAUCCAGCUGGUGUGAGUCUGACCCCCAGCUUCGUGCUUCUGCCUGCCCCAGCCUGCCCUCAGACCUGAACAUUCUGUUCCUGGUGCCUGUGGAAUGCGCAGAGGACACACCCAACAACAGAACCCCAGGAGUCAGAAGUGGCUUCCCAGCCCCUUCUCCUUCUCUGGGUGAGGAGGGGUCAGCAGGGCCAGUCUGACCUUUGUAGCUGAAGAAAGCGAGGCCACUUUGGAAGCAUGUUUAUGAGACUUCCAGGCCAUGGAGGGAGAACAGGCCUGCGUUUUCUUCUGUGAACACAGCUUCCUGUGGCCAUGAACCCCCUGGCUGGACACAACUUGAGAUGACCCAGGGCGUGGCUUCCUGCUUAGGGACCCAUAGACUGCUUGACCUUGAGGAAUAAAACUCGAGGUCUGUAGAGCUGGCCCGAGGAGGCAGUCCCUCUGUGCUGAUAUCUCCCCAGGCCCUCCUCUGCCAGGAGGGGAACAGCCCAGGACACUUGUACAGGGCAAGGUGGCAGCAGACCUCGGUGUGGGCACUCACCAAGGCCAGGCACCACGUGGGCUCCAGCUCUGUCCAGCCCAAGCCAGUAUGGACCGGCCUGCUGGGCUGCUGAUUGCUGUCAAGGCCAGUGCAGAGGGACCAUGAGCCUCCAUGGCAGGCCGGCAGAGGGAGGUCCUGGCAGACACACAGCCACUGUCUGAGGAGAGCCUGACCUUCAGGGAGGGACAGCAGGGCCUGGCAGAGCCUCUGUAAUGAGGCCCUGAGUCACACUGGCCUUUGUUCCUCACUCAUCUGUGCUGGCCCUCAGCCAAGGGGCUGUUGGGGAACUCUCUGCAGGCGCAGGGCACCUGGUGACUGGGAAGCUUCUGUUUGUGUGGACUUCUUGGGAAGAGCGUCCUGGUGUGGGCCAGGAGGAGAGGACUGGAGCACUCCAGGCUCCGACUUCGUGCUCCUGGGAUCGUGGUGCAUUGCCUGGCCAUGGUGGUCACCCAGCUGAAUCUGGAGUUUUGCUUUCAGGGCAAGAAGCUGCGAGGCUUCAGCUGUGAGCUCACCCGGUCCCCACAUGGGGUCUUGCCUGAGUCUUUCUUCACCAUCAUGUGCCAGGUCGUGAUGCCCAUUCUGCUGUCCGGCUUGUGCAUGAUGACGGCCGGCCUGGUGAUGAACACCGUUCAACACUGGCCUGUGUUUGUGGAGGUGAAAGACCUUUUGACGUUGGUGCCGCCCCUGGUGGGCCUGAAGGGGAACCUGGAGAUGACGCUGGCAUCCAGACUCUCCACAGCUGCCAACAUUGGACAAAUCGAUGACCCCCAGGAGCAGCACAGAGUCAUCAGCAGCAACCUGGCCCUCAUCCAGGUGCAGGCCACUGUCGUGGGGCUCUUGGCUGCUGUGGCUGCGCUGCUGUUGGGCGUGGUGUCUCAAGAGGAAGUGGAUGUCACCAAGGUGGAGUUGCUGUGUGCCAGCAGUGUCCUCACUGCCUUCCUUGCAGCCUUUGCCCUGGGGGUGCUGAUGGUCUGUAUAGUGAUUGGUGCUCGAAAGCUCGGGGUCAACCCAGACAACAUUGCCACGCCCAUUGCAGCCAGCCUGGGAGACCUCAUCACAUUGUCCAUUCUGGCUUUGGUUAGCAGCUUCUUCUACAGACACAAAGAUAGUCGGUAUCUGAUGCCGCUAGUCUGCCUCAGCUUUGCAGCUCUGACCCCAGUGUGGGUCCUCAUUGCCAAGCAGAGCCCACCCAUCGUGAAGAUCCUGAAGUUUGGCUGGUUCCCAAUCAUCCUGGCCAUGGUCAUCAGCAGUUUUGGAGGACUCAUCUUGAGCAAAACCAUUUCUAAACAGCAGUACAAAGGCAUGGCGAUAUUUACCCCCGUCAUAUGUGGUGUUGGUGGCAAUCUGGUGGCCAUUCAGACCAGCCGAAUCUCAACCUACCUGCACAUGUGGAGUGCACCUGGUGUCCUGCCCCUCCAGAUGAAGAAAUUCUGGCCCAACCCAUGUUCUACUUUCUGCACGUCAGAAAUCAAUUCCAUGUCAGCUCGAGUCCUGCUCUUGCUGGUGGUCCCAGGCCAUCUGAUUUUCUUCUACAUCAUCUACCUGGUGGAGGGUCAGUCAGUCAUAAGCAGCCAGACCUUUGUGGUGCUCUACCUGCUGGCAGGCCUGAUCCAGGUGACAAUCCUGCUGUACCUGGCAGAAGUGUUGGUUCGGCUGACUUGGCACCAGGCCCUGGAUCCUGACAACCACUGCAUCCCCUACCUUACAGGGCUGGGGGACCUGCUCGGUACUGGCCUCCUGGCACUCUGCUUUUUCACUGACUGGCUACUGAAGAGCAAAGCAGAGCUGGGUGGCAUCUCAGAACUGGCAUCUGGACCUCCCUAACUGGGCCCGCUGGUCCCAUUUGCUCAUUAGAAUUUCCUCUCACAUCAGUGGGGUACAGAAUUCAGUUUCUCCCUUGCCAGGUCCUUGGGAUGGUUGACCCCUGCCUUUGCAGUAGCCUUUUGAGUCUGCUAAGGUAGCUCUCACACACCUCGGCUCUGGGGUUGAUACCUGAGCCCGCAAUAGAACCCUGAAAUCAAGAGCAUGGCUUGAGUGUGUGAAUAUGAUGUGUGCACAUGCUUAAUGAGCAUGUGAGUGUGCACACGUUUGUGGAGAGGAGGGUGUUCUGGCCUGAGAAGCUAAAGAAGAGGCAUGUCCAGUAAGCUUUGCAGGGUGUUUGCUCUUUUCCAUGCCCAUGCAACCCAGAUUGGGGUGGAGCAGGAAGGAGCUCUUUUCUGUUCCCAAGACUCAGGACUCUUGAGCUGUGGCUUACUUGCUGUCUUCACCAGGUUCAAGCUCCGUGGGCCACACUGCUGCUGUGCCAAGAAGGUGUACAGCCUCCCCAGGAUGGGGCCUUGUACAACCCUUCAUCUGCACUCAACAUUUAAUCGUGUCCUUGCUGUCUUUUUAUUUUCCUUUUUGUUUGUUAGCAAAAACCUCUGUUUAGAUUUCAAUAAUCAGAGAAGUGUAAAAUAAAACAGAUUACAUUGUACUUGA